AUGGGCACAUGGCUCGAGCCCAGCAUCAACCGGAAGAAGAAGAUGGCCAAGGGACGGCCGAGGGUGGCGACGGGUGGUUCAACAAAGGGCACGACGGUCAUCUGGGGAGAUUAUGGUCUGCGGAUGAUUGACCACCACCGACGGAUCAGUGCCAAGCAGUUGAAGAUGGCCGAGGACACCAUCAAAGUGCGGCUUCGAGGAGAGAAGUACCGAAUUUACAAGCGAAAAUGCUGCAACGUCGGCGUCUACGUCAGCGGCAACGAGAUGCGAAUGGGCAAAGGCAAAGGUUCCUUCGACCACUGGGCGACACGAAUGGCUGUGAGCCAGGUUCUUUUCGAGAUCAAGGGGCGCAUUCACGAGCAAAUCGUGCGAGACGCCUUCCGUCUGGCCGGAAACAAGCUGCCAGGUCAAUGGGAGUUUGUCAAGAAGGGCGAUGCUCCCAUGGUCGGGAUCACCAAGCUCGACGGCGUUACUCUGGAGGAGUUGAAGCGACCUAGGAGGACGAUUGCCCCUGCAGAACUGCCGGGGACGAAGACGCCGACAGCAGCGUCGACGACGGCACCCGGGGAGGCGUGUGAGGUCUCCAGCUCACCUUGA